AUGAGUCUGAGGUCUCCCCAAAAAAAGUCGUCAGAGAAGCUUCACCAAAAAAAAAAGAGAGUGGAACGACCAUCCUGUGCUAGCAGAUGCUGGAACCUUGAUGGACACCCAAACUGCUACAGCACAAGACAAUACCAUCUGGUGGAGGCUGCUAGAGAAAGAAAGCCCAAUCUCGCUAAGCUGGUUGUUGUACCCACUAUUCAUGAAUGGAUAGUCCAACAAAAUUAAAUGUUUAGAGACAUAUUAGUUAGGUUAGCUAGUUUGUUUCCUAUUCCAAUUGGUGUAUUCUGAUAGAAAAAUACAAAAAAAUCAAUGAAAAGUAUAAUCAUAAUAUCAAUAAAUUUAAUUCUAAAAUAAAAUGUAAAAAAUUAUUAAACAUUAGUCAUUU